GCCAGAGCUUCUCUUCUAGCUCGGCACGUCAUCCAUUCCGCCGGUGGAGUCGCUGUUCGAGGCUUCCAGCUGCUGCGCCGUCAUCUCGCUGUCGUGUCGCCGUCGCCUCGCCGUUGACGUCCUGCUGUAAUGGAAGUUAACAAACACCAACAUUGGAUGUCAACGACCCUUUAGAUUUCGAGUUAGAGGAUGAAUUUCUCAAACCCGCGCCCAAAGUUAGCAAUAAAAGUUGAACGAUUUUGGUGAAGAAGAAGAUAUUCCUCUCUGGGGAGUGAAAGUUUUUGGAGAUAAGGUGAUAACUUUCUUGAAGGAUUGCUCAUCAAUGGUUGGCUUCCAAAAUUAGCAUUCCUCUGUGGUCAUAUAGAAAAACCAGUAGCCAUUUGGUCCUUCAACACAAUGUUAUAUUCAUCAAAUGAAGAGCUUCGAAACUCAUCCUCUGACUUUUGGUCUGCAGUUCUCUCUUCUAGAAAAGAGGUUGAUCAAUUGCCUGUCGAGAUUGGUUGGUUUCCUGAGUACUCAGAUUUGAGAACAGCUCUUGACACUUAUGGGUUUCUUUUUGAAUUUUCAUCCAGUGGUGAACCCAAAAAUUUAGAUUCUGACACUGGAGAACCACCCCAAAAUAUUAGAGCCUGGCUCAAAUUUGUCACUGCUUGUUGUCUAAUACGGAGUAAAAGACCAGUAUUUUCUGUUGUAGAAGCUGAAGAACUCGUUGAAAUUAUUAUAUGUCUAUUCCUAGAUCGCCAGUUUCAAGGUUUAUUAGUGCUUUUGAAUGAUUGCAUGCAAGCGAUUGUCAAUUACUUCACAGACCAAGAAUGGCAUUCAAGUUGUGGGAACGUAGCAAAAUUCGUUGCUUCCAGAGUCUCAAAGGAUCUGAAUUGCAUCCAAUCUGUUGAGUGCAUACCCGUAGCCAGCUCCCGUUGUAAGCAACUUAAGAGUGCUGUGGCGUAUCAGAACCUACUUUCCUGUUUUAAUGGAUUUUUGUGUCAAGCCAACAGUGGAGAAGACAUCCUGAGAUUGCUUAGGGCAAUUAACUUCAAAGACAAAAGUUGUGAUUUCUUCAAGAUGUACAUUCACCUAGUUUUGACAGAGAACUGGGUUUUGUCCAACUCAUUAAUCGAAGACAAUCCAGUAAUCUAUGAAAUGUUCUGUCUUCUUCUAAGACAAUGCUCUAGCUUGAUUUCAGCGACAGACCUACGAUCAUAUGCGUCAAAGGUUCGUCAUAGGGCCGCAUAUCUUAUGCACUUCUCCAUCUACAAGUAGUUGGUUUCUGCCUUAAAUGGCCAUAUUUGAAGGGCGAGAGGUUGGAAGAUUGAAGUGGCAUGGGUCAGCAACCUUAUUUUGACUGAGAUUCUUCCGACUCCCGGAUGUUUUUGCUUCUUGUUGGGUGGCAUGAAUCAAUAUCUAAGUUAUAAGUAGCUGACAAUUAUCUACCUUUUUUUCUAAUUACCUUUUGUUAAAUGCCAUGCAUUUGUGAAGUCCAUUGUAUAUCAAUCAAACUCUUUUAACCAAAGCUACAUCUCACGUUGCAUUUCUUUGUCUGAGUUGGCAAAAACCAAAGAGUAAGAAAUUACAAGGGAAAAUGAAAAAUUUAGAAACAGAUAUCAAAUGAGACUGCGCUUUAUAAGUGC